AUGAACUUGGAAGAGAAAGUCAAGCUAUGCAAUGCGUUUCGUCCCUUCUUGAGAGACGAGGAGACCAGUGGUCUCAAAGCACAAUUGAGGCGUGCCUCUGCUGCCAACUCAAAAUCUAUCGUGCGGCGACUGCUUCAAAAAGCAGGCACCAACUGCGAUCUCAACGAUGCCGAUCCCUACGGAAACGGAGACCAAACUCCCAUUGUAAAAAAUGGGGAACAUCAGGCUCAGAUACUACGUGACCUCUUUAAUGACUGCGAGGACCUGGAAAAUUGCUUACGCGAAUAUGAUCAGCGACAUAUACCAUCAGUCACCAGGAUGAGUCCUUUUGUCUGGAACUGCAUCAGGGGAGAUCGUCGAGCAGUGGAAACGGAACUGAAGGCUCUGUCAACCUUCGAAGCGCGAACAAACUUAUUGGAGUAUCGGGUCACUGCUAUGCGCAUGUCACCUCUCAUUAUCACCAUUGCUUGCUCGAAGCAUCCCAAAACAGUUCAUUUCUACACAAAUCAACCUGUGAAAUUGAUGAAACAUGUGGAAGUUGUUCGAAUUCUCUUACAGUAUGGGGCCAGUCCUAAUGCCAAGGAUGUCACUGGAAAAACAGCAUGCCAUUAUGGUGCUGGAUCAUGUGCUACCAAGGAUACCCUAUCCAUGACUGACAUGUGCAUCAGAGCUAAUGAGACCUCAACAUUUGUGGGCCGCGGAGUGGUGCUAGAUGGACUUGGGAAUCAGGGCUAUAAUGAAAUGGUGGGCACUCUUGGAGGCUUUGUCUCUGAAACUGGGAGGAGAGUCUUUCAUCCAGUUCAAAACGUCAAUGAAGAGAUGGCUGUCAAACCCGACAAUAUUUUUGUGCAAUCAAAUCGGAAUGCUGCUGAAAACGAAGCCACUAGGAGUGUAUGUAUAAUGCACAAAUCCUUGAAGGCUCCAAAUAUUGUGGAAGUACAAGACAGGAUCGGAACCAUCUCACUUCAUGAGGUCGUUCAGUCAAACCAGCGUGAUGUGGCAAAAUUCCUUCUAAAGAGAUCAACCAAUGGUCUAGACAUCGCAGACUGCAGCGGCUGGACUGUCCGGCAAAUGUCCAUGACCCCAAUCCGGGGAGCCAAUCCUGUCAAUGAUGUCAUCCAUGCUUAUGUUAAGGAAACAGUCAAAAAGGAGAAUCGGAACUCAAGAAGGAAUGAGGUGUGCGAAAAUUGUGGUGUAAGGGCGGGUCAUUUGGGCGAGUUGCUGCAAUGUACCAAGUGCCUUGAUGCUGUGUAUUGUGGCAAGAAAUGCCAAAUAACUCACUGGAAAGCAGCUCAUCGUAGAGAAUGUGCUGAGCGAGAGCAAAUGUUAGGGCUGAUAUGUGAGGCAGCAGAGGUGCCAGAUGACCAUACCAGUUUCAGCCACGCCACAGAAACAACGCAAUCACAGUUUCAUUGUAGGCCACCAAAAGGUCUCAAGCAGAAAGACACAUUCUGGGUUAAGAUUCAAAGUUCUAUGAAUCAAUUGAUGAUUUAUGACAAAACUCGCCACUGCAACUUCUACAUGGAUCCUAGUUCUUUGGGGUUUCAAGAUCUUUUCCAGAGUGUUGCAGACCAGGCAGCAUUUCUAGGCAAAAAGAGCUACUAUCGAGCCAAGAUCAAUGAAGAUGGUCAGUUUGUGAUCUAUCCUCACACUUCGACAGUGAAGACAUGGUAA